AUGGGCACAGGAUCCAAUUUUGCGAGCCAAGCAAAUCCUCGUCCUGUGAUUCAGGUUGGGAAUCCUGGAGACAAUGGAGUAGUAGAAAUGAGUGAUUUGGUUAUUACAACAACAGGUGGCUCAGCUGGGGCUAUUGGCAUUCAAUGGAAUCUAGAGGCAUCUUCACCUGGAGCUGCAGGUCUCUGGGAUGUCCAUAUCCGGCUUGGAGGUGCCAUGGGCACCAAAGUCAACAGUGCAAACUGUCCUACAUCAUCAAUUAAUUUAGCCAGUUGUGCUUCAGCAUUUCUAGGGCUUCAUAUCACUACAUUUGGCUCUGGUUACUUUGAGAAUGUCUGGGUUUGGAAUGCUGGCAAGUGA